UUCGCGUCUGGUUUCCUUCUCCGCCAUCCCGACUCUCUCUCAAGCUUGGAGUUCCAAUUCUCCCACCCAGGCGGCUUCCGCCUUUCAAUGGAGCAAGGAUCUGGAUUCUCCACUUCUUCCAUCCAUUCUCAGUUUUCGCGGGCAUACCUUACAAGGAAUCUAAUACUUGCAUACCAAAGUUUUGGAGUAGUGUAUGGAGAUUUGAGCACUUCACCCCUCUACGUUUACUCAAGUAUAUUUGAUGAGAAGUUGCGAAAAUAUCGAACUGAGGAAGUUGUAUUUGGUGCAUUCUCCUUGAUCUUCUGGACCUAUACGCUGAUACCAUUAUUGAAAUAUGUCUUCAUUGUAUUGAGCGCAGAUGACAAUGGCGAAGGAGGAAUCUUUGCUCUUUACUCCCUGCUCUGCCGACAUGCUAAGUUGAGCUUACUUCCUAACCAACAAGCAGCUGAUGAGGAGCUCUCAGCUUACAAAUAUGGCCCAUCUUCUCAUGUAGUAGCCCCUUCUCAACUAAAAAGGUUUUUGGAAAGGCAUAAAACACUUAGGACGAUUUUACUUCUUGUCGUAUUAUUUGGUGCUUGCAUGGUCAUUGGUGAUGGAGUGCUGACUCCUGCAAUUUCAGUUCUAUCCGCAAUUUCAGGCUUACAAUUUACUGAAGCAAAAUUGACCAAUGGGGAGCUCCUUUUGAUAGCUUGUGCCAUAUUGGUUGGUCUGUUUGCUCUGCAGCAUUGUGGCACCCAUAAGGUUGCAUUUAUAUUUGCUCCGAUAGUUAUCAUCUGGUUGUUGUCAAUUUUCUCCGUUGGUCUGUACAAUGUAAUUCAUUGGAACCCAAGAAUUAUAUGUGCAAUUUCCCCGCAUUAUAUUAUCAAGUUCUUAAGAGUUACUGGUAAAGAUGGUUGGCUUUCUCUCGGAGGGGUUCUUCUGGCCAUAGCUGGCACUGAGGCGAUGUUUGCAGAUCUUGGUCAUUUCACUGCUUUGUCGAUAAGGCUUGCAUUUGCAUUUGUUAUCUACCCUUGUUUGGUAGUACAAUACAUGGGUCAAGCUGCAUUUCUUUCUAAGAACCUUGAUUUGUUUCCAAACAGUUUUUAUGACUCGAUACCUGAACCUGUAUUUUGGCCUGUUUUUGUUAUUGCCACCCUUGCGGCUAUUGUGGGGAGCCAGGCUGUCAUUACUGCUACUUUCUCUAUUGUCAAACAAUGCCAUGCCCUUGGUUGCUUCCCAAGAGUGAAAGUUGUCCACACCUCUAAACACAUAUAUGGGCAGGUCUACAUCCCAGAAAUAAACUGGAUAUUAAUGGUCCUCACUCUUUCUGUUACAAUAGGGUUUCAAGAUACGAGACUGAUUGGAAAUGCUUAUGGACUUGCCUGUAUGGCAGUUAUGUUCACGACUACAUUUCUUAUGGCACUUGUCAUUGUAUUCGUUUGGCAAAAAAGUAUCCUCCUGGCCGCACCUUUUCUCAUCUUCUUCUGGUCUGUUGAGGCAGUCUACUUAUCUGCAGCAAUCAUAAAAGUCCCUGAAGGAGGGUGGGUCCCGCUUGUGCUGUCAGCCAUUUUUAUGAUUGUUAUGUUUGUCUGGCAUUAUGGCACUCGUAAGAAGUACUACUUUGAUCUACACAAUAAAGUUUCACUGAAGUGGUUGCUUGGACUAGGCCCUAGCCUGGGUAUAGUUCGUGUCCCUGGGAUUGGUCUCAUAUACUCAGAAUUGGCAACAGGAGUUCCCGCAAUAUUUUCUCACUUUGUGACAAAUCUCCCUGCUUUUCACAAAGUUCUAGUCUUUGUUUGUGUAAAGUCUGUUCCAGUUCCAUAUGUCUCGCCCGAAGAACGUUUUCUCAUUGGGAGAGUCUGUCCUCGACCAUAUCGCAUGUACCGGUGCAUAGUGAGGUAUGGCUACAAGGACAUUCAGAAGGAUGAUGGAAACUUUGAGAACCAACUGAUGCUAAACAUUGCGGAAUUUAUUCAAAUGGAGGCAGAGGAACCACAAUUCUCAAGCUCUGAAAGUAGUACAGUUGAUGGGAGGAUGGCAGUAAUAAGCACUCGGAGUGUACAAUCAAGCUUGAGCUUAAUAGUAUCGGGGCAUGAAGAAGUUGGUACGAGCAACUCCAUCUAUAGUAGCAAAUCUGCCACACUCCAAAGCUUACGAUCUGUCUAUGAGGAUGAGAAUCCAAUACUAAGAAGGCGCCAUGUGAGGUUUCAGUUAUCUCCCAGCCCUUCAAUGGACCCCAGAGUUAGAGAAGAGUUGAUGGACUUGAUCCAAGCCAAAGACGCCGGUGUAGCAUAUAUAAUGGGACACUCAUAUGUGAAGGCCAGAAGAUCUUCAUCUUAUUUGAAAAAGCUCGUGAUAGAUAUCGGAUACUCGUUCCUUCGAAAGAACUGCCGAGGACCGUCUGUUGCGCUCAAUAUCCCCCACAUCAGUCUAAUUGAAGUGGGGAUGAUAUAUUAUGUUUAGUACUCUGAAGAACAAUGUAUUCUGAUUGUCUCGAGUAGACGUCGUUGGUUAGACUCCCCGGUGAUGGCAUCUGCAGGCUCGCUCUUGGCAGAGGGUGAGGGAAGACCCAACAGCAUGAUUCAGAUCUGUGGUAGCAUCUGAGAUUGGCUGUAGAUUGGACUCAAUAUUAGAUUUAUGUGAUAAGUUGAUUAGGCUUUGGACAUCCCUUUUCCAAUUGAAAGGAGUGGAUAUGAUGUUAUAGGGAAGGAGGGAUCUUUCACUGAGACAUUAUGAGUUGUAUUACAAAUAGGAAAAGGCUUAAACCCAACAUCUGGGUGGGUGCUCUCACUUGCAAACAGGAAAGGUUUGGAUUUGCACACCCUUUUUUACAUCAUCUUUAAUCGAUUUGUAGGAGAAAAUAUAAACCAAAACCAUUCACAGUUGAAUAAACGUUUCAGCAAUGCCUUUAUUUACUUUAGAAA